AUGGAGCCGCGGAAUGGCACGCUGCCCCCCACCCUGUCCCUGCUGCCCCCCGGCACCCUGCCAUGGGACGGGCAGCUGAUGGUGGCCUGCGCGGCGCUGGGGCUGCCGGCCAACGCCUUCACCCUCUGGCUGACGGGCUGGCGCCUGCGGUGCCGGGGACUGGCCACCUUCAUCUUCAGCCUGGCCGCCUCCGACUUCCUCUUCCUCGCCAACUCGGUCCUGCAGAUCUGGACGGUGGCCCACGGUCAGCAGUGGCUGCUGGGCACCCCCCUGUGCCGCCUCCACCAGUACCUCUAUGGCUUGGGCUACUACAGCGGGCUCUUCUUGCUGGCGACCAUCAGCCUGGACCGUUGCCUGUUGGUAGCCGCCCCGCUCUGGUAUCGGUGCCGGCGGCCGGCCCGUUUACCGGCGGCGUUGUGCGUGGCCGCCUGGCUGGCGGCGGGCGGUUGCAGCGUGCCGGACGCGGCGCUGUCGUGGGUGGUCGAGCCGCUGCCCGGUUUGGUGGUGUGCCGUAGGAACCGGGGGAGUUGGGAGGUGCCGAUGCGCUGGCUGGAGGUGGUGGUGGAGGGGCUGCUGCCCUUCAGCGUGGUCUUCGCUUGCCACGGGACCGCCCUGGCGCUGGCCCGGUGCCGGCGCGGCCAAAUCGGCCGCCCGCCCGUCCGUUUCCAGCGCAUCGUGGUGGCCACGCUGAGCGCUUACGCGCUGCUCAAUCUGCCCUUCCAGGUCACCCAGCUGCUGGAGCUGGUGGUCCCCGGCGUCCCCAGCCACCUCCUCUACCUGCUGGGGCUGGUCUUCAACCUCAGCAGCUGCCUCAACCCCUGCCUCUACCUGCUGCUCGGCUCCCGCGCCUGCCACCACCUCGCGGGCCUCCCGCGGGCCGUCCUCGCCCGCCUGCCACCCGCCGCCAUCGCUCCUGUGCCACCGGCUACCGUCACCCCUGUGCCACCCGCCGCCAUCGCCCCUGUGCCACCGGCCACCAUCACCCCCGUGCCACCCACCACCAUUGCUCCUGUGCCACCCACCACCAUCCCCCCCAUGCCACCCGCUGAAAACAACUAA